UGCUGGAAAUCAUUGCAGCCUUUAUGAUGAGACAGGUCAAACUAACGCAAAUCAUGAUCUUGUGGGCAAAUAUUUUACCAACGCAGUGAGUCUACUCUCCAAAACACCCAAUGAAUGAUGAAUGAUGACUUCCAAAUAUAACUUCAAUGCUUUCAGAUGUUAAAUAUGGAAUGGGAGGGACGUCUUCAAUACAUAUGUGGAAAAUGUUGGCAACAUAUCUCGGAGUUCCAUCAAUUCCAGGAGUCCAUUAUUGAGGCGCAGAAGGACCUGCAUCUGCGUAUAGCAGUGGUGAAAGAAGCUGAGGAAGUUGUUAAGGUGAAAUCUGAGCUGAAUAUAAAUCAGCAGAAGGAACAAAUGGGCUGGCAUGUUGCCAAGGAAUUAAGCGCCACCACUGAGGAAUUUAUGAAACAUACGACCCUUGCAUUCGAUAUAAAAACUGAAGAACCUUUGGACCUCAACAGUGAUUAUGAAGAAUUGAGCGCCAGCACUGAGGAAUUAAAGAAACCUGCGCUCCUUACCUUUCAUAUAAAAACUGAAGAACCUUUGGACCUUAACAGUGAUUAUGAAGAUGAAGGCCAAUUAACGGAUGGAGAAAUGUCUCCUAUUUCCAAUAGAAAAGAGAAUUCAAUGUCUUACGAUGAAUCCAAUGAAGAUUAUAGUUCGAACAAUGAUGAUAGGCCCUCAUCAUCUAUGGGCCAGACCAACAUUUGCUCUUCAGAUAAAAAAUUUUCUGCUACAAAAAAGUCUGUAGAGGAGUUUGAUGAGUUGGUGGCUUUGUGGCGCAACUCUUUGCAAUGUGAAAUUUGCCAUCAACUGGCUUCUACAUACUCCCAGUUGAAAGAACAUUUUAGCAAAAACCAUGCUUCAGAAGGUUGUUGUUACCUUAUGUGUUGCCAAUUGAGACUGGAAAGCCGUUACGACAUUGAAAACCACAUACGUUAUCAUAAUGCCCCACAGCAGCUUAGAUGUGAUGCUUGUUGCAAGGCUUUCCGUAUGGAGAACCUUUUAAGAAAUCACAAAAGAAAUGUCCACACCAGCAAGGGAGGAGAUAGAAAUUCUGUAGACAGCGAGAAGUCGGAAGGGAAAUAUCGUUGCGACAAGUGUUCAAAGUCCUAUGCAACAAGAAAGCAUUUAUACAACCACAAUCUUUGUGUUCAUAAACCCAAGACUUAUGAAUGCAACAUUUGUGACAAGUCCUAUGUCCGUCCGGAUGCACUGCGCGAGCAUUUGGCUAGCCAUAAAGGCGAGAAAACGCAUGCCUGCUCCUUUUGCCCCGAGGCAUUUACCUGCCGUACCUAUUUCCGUGUGCAUAUGAAAAAAUAUCAUAACCAGGAAUGGAAGAAGAUGCAAAACGAGGCGGCCCAAAAAGAGACUCGGAAAGGUUAUUGCCGAGAAACUCGGGGAGAGAGAGUGGUCUACGUUUGCAUUUAUUGCUCCAAGGAGUGUGACAAAAGGAUUUCCAUGUACUAUCAUGCCAAACGAUGUCAAAUAGAUGGUGGACCAACAGAGCCUAAAAAGGGGUUUCGACUUGAAACUCGGGGAGAAGGUAUAGUGCAUGUGUGCAUUUAUUGUUCCAUGGAGUAUGAAAAGCGACAUUCCAUGUACCUACAUCUUAACCAAUGUCAUAAAGACGAUGUCUCUUUAGCAGAGAAGCAGGCGCCUAUGAUUUCUGAUUCUCCCAUGAUAGCUGAGCAGCAGCAGCAAACGAUUUUAUACAAAUGCCAACUUUGCCCCGAACAAUAUAAAACGAGAGCCUCCCUUUACUCCCACAGAAGACGCAUUCACAAACCUAAAAAUGCUAACAUCAACCAAAAGAAGUCAACAGCAUAUAAAUUGCGCUUUAUGAACUUAUAUGAGAGCGGCGCUAAUGGAAGAUUUCGAUGCAAAACAUGUUCCAAAGAAUAUGAAAAGAAAAUUUCGCUAUACACCCACAUAAGGCGCCUGCAUCCCUUGCCCCAAGAGAGCCAAGAAGAGUUGGAGAAAAACUCUGUUUACGUGAAGACAGAACAAUAUUCAGCUAAUACAAAUGCAAAUGAGGAAAUGGAUGAGCACGAAAUGCCAACAGAAUUUCAGGAUGCUACAUGGAACAGUGAAGAAUUCAUAAAAUCAGAAAAGGAAAUUAUUGAGCUAUAAGCCGACACUCAAACCAUUCACAAUAGAGGUAUUUCUGUAAGCUGCCACACUUAUUUGUGUAAAACAGAUCAAGGUAAUCCUGACAACAUAUGUUCUACAUAAACCUGCACUGCAGGAUUCACUGAAUAAGGUUAAGCCAAGCGAUCAGUCGACAUACAGUUUUUUUUUCCUUUUUGGCAGUACUUGGCAUUGAGAAUGUCAACUUGCUCUCUUUUUACAUUAAUUCUUUGCUUACGUUUUCUCCUAUUUGAUGACACUUUCAAUUGGCAGAUUUGACAUCCUUUAUGAUGUUCACGGGGCCUAUCCACUUGAUAUUUUCGCAAGUGACCUUACCUUCUAUUAGUGAAUCCGCCUGCACUGGUGAUUUAUCCAGAACUUCGUUGUCCUGGAUAGAUGACAUUUUCAUACAAACUGCAUUGCACUGCAAGAUAUAGUGCUAAUAUAAAACACAACUUAUAUUAGCUGAAAGACAUUCGUGAGACACGAAAUACAUUUAAACAUGAACAACGAACUAUUGAAUAAACAUAAGAGACUUGUAA